AUGCUCUUCAUUGCCCUUACAUCUGGCCCCCGCUUCGCACUGGUCGGUCUCUGGUACUGCCUGACUCGCCGCCCGAACUCUACGCUUCCCAAAUUCGUCGCUGGUGUUGGCAUCUUCCGAACGCUCACAUGUGGUGGAUGGACAUAUGUGACGUCGACCGACGACCAUGACUGGCACGACAUCUUCAUGAUCUCGUACCUUGUGGCAACGCUUCCGUGGACACUCGGCUGCCUUGCGCUUAGCCCGCGCAACCCGACGGCCCUGGGAUACCGAAAGCUGUUUGCGGGUUCCUUCUUUGCGACUUUGGUGCCGCUCAUCUACUUUUUUAUCCAACACAAGGUCCACCAUGUUGCCGGAGCAUACACCAUCUACGCCUUCUUCGAAUGGGCCCUCGUUCUGCUCGAUGUUGCCUUCGACGCAGUUACCAUCAGCGAGUUCAAGGACUUUGAGAUUGUUGUAAAGGACAACCGGGGAAUUUCGCGCGGGAAUGCCUUGUCCGGUGCUUUCUCCAUCUUCGGUCUUAUCUAUGCAGUAGCUGAUGUCUACAACGGAGUAAACUUCCCUCUCUGGCACAUGGGCAUCUCUGGCUACGAGGUUCUCGUCAUGUGCACAAUCUCGCCAUUUCUACUAGGCAUCAAGUCCUUCCGCUACUUUGUCACUCGCUAUGUCAUCAUCUUCCACCUCCUUUCGCUCUCUGGUCUACUCGCUUUCAAAGCAGAACGUCCUGUUCCCCGGCUCUUCGCGGUUGGAUUUGGACUGUCCAUGUCUUGUCUUGCAUGGGCCGCUACCUUCUACGCGGAACGGUCUCAGCCGCGUCGGCUUGAGGCGCGCAUCUCGGCAUUCUCAAUUGGUCUGAUUGCGUCCAGUGUCGCCAAGUUUGCAUUCUGGACAAACAAUCCCAUCUGGCCGAUCAUGCACAAGCCGACUGGUGGAUGGAAUGAGGUGGGUCUCGGUCUGGCUGUGCUGUCCAUUUUGAUCUCGACCAGGUCGACCGCCAGCGCUGGUGCAGAUCUCGCACCGCCUGGUCCUAUCACUAAAGGCUGGUCCAUUCCUGGCAGCUUCGGUGUUGCUGGAAUACUCUUCUCGAUGCACUCGCUUCUUUCCGAUUCGAGCACCAUGAUAUCCUGGGUCUGGGAAGGCUUCCCAGUGCGCGGUCCGCUCGCCGUCCCGCAUGGUGCGGUCACUCUCCUCGCCAUGGGUCUUGGUCUUACCAUUGGGCUCUACGCGCCAAACUUGUCCCGCUCAUGGGCCUUCUACGGAGUGGGUUCAAUUGGUGCUGCCGUCCUCACUACCACCAGCCACUGGUCCGGCUACUUUGGGGGUCUCGUUAUUGCUAUCUACACCAUGGCUGCUGCCCCAGCCCUCUUCACCCAUGCAGUCCGCCACUCUCCCGCGAAGACCUUUGGUCUUGGAUUCCUCGUCUACAACUUCAUGGUUCUAUUCCACGUCUGGGUCGUCGCCUACGCUUUCGUCCCAGGUGGUCCUCUCGUCCGCGAACGCACAGACUGGGUCAUGUCCGCCAUGAUGAUCCUCAUUGGCUUCGGCGUCUUCAGUGCCUCCUCCUCGUCAACCCCCAAAUCCUACAAAGGCAAAGCCACCGCCUCCGCUGCCACAUCCCGCCAACGCUCAUACUAUCUGACCAUCCUCGGCGCCGUCGAACUCCUCGCCAUCGCAACCGCCUACCUCCGCUUCCCAAGCUACGACUACACGCCCUACCACCCGGAAACGAAGAGCAUCACAGCGGGCAUCUGGACCAUCCACUUCAGCCUGGACAACGACAUGUGGACCUCAGAAUACCGCAUGCGCGACCUGAUCAAAGAACUCGAAAUCGACGUCAUCGGCCUGCUCGAAUCCGAUCUCCAGCGCAUCAUCAUGGGCAACCGCGACACGACACAAUUCCUCGCCGAGGACCUGGGCAUGUGGGUUGACUACGGGCCCGGCCCGAACAAACACACCUGGGGCAGCGCGCUCCUAUCCAAAUUCCCCAUUGUCAACUCGACACACCACCUCCUCCCGUCCCCCGUCGGUGAACUCGCGCCCGCCAUCGAAGCCACGAUCCUCGCGCACGGCGAGCUCAUCGACAUCUUCGUCUUCCACAGCGGCCAGGAAGAAGACCCCGAGGACCGCCGCUUGCAAUCCGAGUACCUCGCUGCGCGCAUGAAGGCGACGAGCCGCCCCGCCGUGCUGCUGAGUUAUCUGGUGAUUAAACCCAACGAGGGGAAUUACCACACGUAUGUGGGCGAGAAGAGCGGGAUGCGCGAUGUCGAUCCGAGUGAUUGGGAUCGCUGGUGCGAGUACAUUUUGUUCAAGGGCCUGCGGAGGAAGUUGCAGGUCGCCAAAUUCGUCGUCGGACAGCCCGAGAACGGGGACGAAGUUAUUCCAGAGGAACAAGUUGAAAAGGGGCUCAGGUUCCCGGAUCUCUUCAAGGGGCAGGGAGUCAGAGGGCAUAGGUAUCAUGUUUUUGACGCGCCGAGGUAUUAUGCUUGAUUGAUUGGAUGAGGAGGGUGUAUGAUACUACGGUGGGUAAGGGAAUGGGAUUUUGUAUGUAAGAUAG